AUGGCGCCGUUGACGGAGUCUAAGAAGCGCAAGGCUGUCACAAAAGACGUUGAAUCAGACACUCAUGCCGUUUCUGGAGAGGAAUUUCGCUUCGAUUCAUCCGGCUCAGAGAGCUCAGACGAGGAAUCAGAGAUUGAGCUGAUAGACGACUUCAGUGACGAGAGCGAAGACGAGUCAAUAGACAGUAAUCUGGUCUCGAAGGGGGAGUUGCCGGUUCACACUAGGAAUGGAAAGCUAGGAGAAUCGGGUGAUGUUGUGGUUCAGGAUUCAGAGGACGAAGAUGAAGAGACUGUCAACUACCGCAUAACGAAAGACGCAAAUGGCAACGAUAGGUACAUUUACGAUGAGAUAAACCCCGAUGAUAACUCGGACCUGUCCGAAGUCGACGAGGAGGCCAACACGAUUGGCAAUAUCCCUACUUCUUUUUAUGACGCCUACCCACAUAUCGGAUAUAACAUCAAUGGAAAGAAGAUCAUGCGCCCAGCUAAGGGGGAGGCAUUGGAUGCGCUGCUUGAUACGAUUGAAAUACCCAAGGGAUGGACUGGACUGACCGACCCGGACACGGGCAAGCCUUUGCAAUUGAGCCAGGAUGAGCUCAAACUGCUCAGCAAACUCCAGAUGAACGAGGUCACUCAGGAUGGGUAUGACCCGUACCAGCCCACAGUUGAAUACUUCACAAGCAAGGAGGAGAUUAUGCCACUGAGCGCUGCUCCUGAGCCGAAGAGGAGAUUCGUACCAUCAAAACACGAAGCCAAGCGAGUGAUGAAGAUAGUAAAGGCGAUUCGAGAGGGAAGAAUAUUGCCAUACAAACCACCGGCAGAAGAAGACGAAUCUCAGGAUAGCAUUCAAACAUUUGAUCUAUGGGCCAACGAGACACCCCGAGAUGACCACCCUAUGCAUAUACCCGCACCAAAGCUACCACCGCCAGGGUACGAGGAGAGUUACCAUCCUCCUCCCGAGUAUCUUCCUGAUGAGAAGGAGAGACGGGAAUGGGAGAAACAGGACCCAGAGGACCGUGAAAAGUCUUUUUUGCCUAGAGACUACGGCUCGCUCAGGAAAGUUCCUGGGUUCGAAGCUUUUGUCAAGGAGAAAUUCGAACGUUGUCUUGACCUGUACCUGGCACCCAGAGUUCGCAGGAAUAAGCUAAAUAUUGAUCCAGAGAGUUUGCUUCCAAAAUUGCCCAGUCCCGAGGAGCUGAAACCCUUCCCAACUACCUGCUCAGCACUAUUCCGUGGUCAUAAGGGACGCGUCCGGAGUGUUGCUGUUGAUCCAACAGGACUCUGGUUAGCCAGCGGUGGAGAUGAUGGAACUGUUCGAGUAUGGGAACUUCUAACAGGCCGUCAACUCUGGAGUGUGCAAUUGAACGAUGAAGGGCCCGUCAAUGUUGUUCGGUGGAGACCUGGAAAGGACGCUGUUGUGCUAUCUGCAGCAACGGGGGAUGCUGUACAUCUUAUUAUACCAGAUAUCCUGAGCCCCGAACUUGAAUCAGCCAGUCUUGACGUCGUAGAUGCUGGAUGGGGUUACUCUUCCACAGCAUCCAAGAACUCUCAGAACAGCGAGCAGAAAGGAUCCAAAGUUCAAUGGGCCCGGCCUCUACCCUCCCUCGCUGAAAACGGGGUAUAUGCGACUAUCCCACUGGGAUAUGUCGUUAAAUCCAUAUCAUGGCAUCGACGUGGUGAUUACUUUGUCACCGUUUGCCCCGCGUCAGCAACUCCCGCCUCCCUCGCAAUUGCUAUCCAUACCCUUUCCAAACACUCGACACAAUACCCAUUCCGCAAACGGCUCAAGGGAGGUGGUCCUCCCCAGGUAGCCCAUUUCCACCCAGCAAAACCUAUCCUCUACGUCGCCAACCAACGCGUAAUUCGAUCCUACGACCUUACUCGCCAAUCUUUGCUCAAGAUCUUACAGCCCGGUGCCCGCUGGAUUUCUUCUUUCGAUAUUCAUCCGACUUCAUCUGUUACCUCAGGGGAUAACCUGAUUGUUGGAUCGUAUGAUCGUCGUCUGCUAUGGCAUGACGUGGACCUAUCUGAUCGGCCGUAUAAGGCCCUACGCUACCAUACCAAGGCUAUUCGUGCUGUGAAAUACCAUCCUCGAUAUCCUCUCUUUAUCGAUUCUAGUGAUGACGGUCUUCUUCAGAUCUUCCACGGCAGUGUAACGGGAGAUCUUAUGAGCAAUGCGAAUAUUGUUCCAUUAAAAGUCCUUCGUGGCCAUAAGGUUGUUGGGGAUUUGGGUGUGUUGGAUGUUGACUGGCAUCCUAGGGAGGCAUGGUGUGUCAGUGCCGGCGCAGAUGGUACAUGUAGACUUUGGAUGUAG